AUGCCGGAAAACACGACGAACGGUACCUUCCUCUUCGAUAUAAGCGCCACUGACGAUGCCGUCGACCCUGUAAUCGACAUAAGAUCGGAUGAAGUCAGCCAUAUAGUGAGACUGGAGAACAUGAGAUACGGAAGUCAUGUCACGAACGCGUCUGUAGUACUGAACAAUAUGGUAGACAGAGAGACGGUGUCGGCGAGGGUCACCCUCAUCAUUUCGGAUGUGAACGACGAGAAACCUGUGUUCACCCAAGCCGGCUACAGGGUCACCGUGAUGGAGUCUGCUGUAAAAAAUACAUCAACAACAUUAACAGUAACAGCAACUGAUCGUGAUUCUGGAAUUGGGGGUCAAGUUUACUAUGGCUUGGAGGCCAAGGGCCAGAAUGCCGAUGACUACAAAUACACGUUCUAUGUGGAGCCAAGAACUGGCCAGAUAAUCCAGAAUGAAAGUCUGGAUUAUGAGACAAGGACUUUCUAUCAAUACAACGUUAAAGCAUGGGACGCCAACAUUGAUGAAGCACUUGGGGUGAACCAUGCUGUUCCAGUCGACUUAUUUGUUACUGUCCAAGAUGUCCAGGACACUCCCCCUGUUUUCACGAACCUGCCGUACAUACAACAGAUUUAUGAGAACGCUUCAGUCGCCAGUUCUGUCCUGUGUGUACAGGCCUUUGAUGGAGACAUCGGCGUCCCGAAUGAUCUGAAAUACCUGAUUGUAGAUGACAAUGACUCCUACACCCAAAACUUCACCAUGGACCGAGACACCGACCUCAUCAUAACGGCAAAAGAACUGGACACUGACUCUGACGAGAUGAAACAGAAGGGCGGAGUCUUAUCAUUUCAAGUUAAUGCAUCAGAGAUUGUCCCCGACAACCAGACACAGCUAGGAGACACCAGCACCGUCACUAGCGUCACCGUGAGCAUCCUCGACGUCAACGACAACUCUCCAAAUUUCUCCUCCAGCAUUAUCAACGCUACUGUUUUCGAAAACACCCCUGUUGGCGUCCCUCUCAGCCUAGAAGGCGUUACAGAAGUGAGGGACAUUGACAUGACUGCAGAAAACAAUAUGUUCGAUCUGAGUGUAGAACAGAACGGAUCACCUUACAUGGACUUCGACACUAUACCCGGGAGAGGCGAAUCGGUGUCAAGAACAAACGUCAUGCUUCGUGUAAACAACUCACAGGUCCUUGACUAUGAACAACGUGACACCAUCUGGUUCCAGAUUGUGGCGACAGAAACCCACGCCCAGGAGAAGCAUUCAAGCACUGUCUCCGUCCUCGUACAUAUCAUUGACACGAACGACAACUCCCCGGUGUUCAACAACUCCUACAACUUCAACAUCUCUGAGGGCGAUACUGUGGGGACAACUGUUGGGGUAGUGACGGCAACGGACGCCGACAGUGGAGACUUUGGUAAAGUCUUCUAUGUGAUGGAAGAUGACAACGCAGGUUUCAACGUAUCGAGGACAGAUGGUGUUAUAACUGUUGCAACUGAUCUGGAUCGUGAAAAAAAGUCGUCCUACUCGUUGUUGGUGCUGGCGUACGACAACGAAGCCGAUAUUAACGGACGACGUUCUGGACAGACUCGUGUAGAAAUACGUCUGGACGACAUUAACGACAACCCUCCCAUGUUUGAACCUAAACCUGUGGCAAUUCCAAUUGCUGAGGAUAUAGCCAUAGAUACCGUCGUCACCACCGUGUCUGCAGCUGAUAAGGACGAAGGCAUGAACGCCAUGAUCGAAUACUACAUCGCCAACGGGGGUAACCUUACAGACAGAUUUAACGUUGACAACGCCACAGGUGAUGUUAAACUAGUCGCAUCCCUGAUCGGCUUUACGGGGACUCGUGCGUUGACCGUAGGAGCCAGGGACAAAGGGGAACCUUCCCUGAAUGGGACGCUGCAGAUUGUGUUCAGUGUCAAGGACGUUAAUCUCAAUCCUCCUAACUUCACUCAACCGCAGGGCAACUACAACACUAGCCAUCUAUUUAUACUGGAAGUCCAUGAGGAGCUUCCCCUACACACUGAGUUGUUCACUGUGAUAGCUGACGACAAGGACGACGGGGAAAAUGGCAGAGUUCUCUUCAGGAUCGAUCCUUCAAGGGGAGACGAUUGGACUUUCUUCUUUCUGGACAGUGCCUUUGGCAAUCUGUCCAACACGAAAAGACUAGACCGGGAAGAAAGAGCAAGUUUCCUGAUCGAUGUGUCAGCACAAGACCAGGGAGUGCCAUCGCUGAAGACGACACUGCCGAUGAUGGUGAGACUACUGGACAUCGAUGACAAUGAUCCGUAUUUCCCCAUGAGACAGAAAGACAUCACAAUACCAGAAGAAAGGACCGGGUGUUUUGGUAAUUUGUCCUGGCAGAGGACAAAGAUGAAGGGGAGAACAACACGAGAAAAUGUUAUACCAUACGGAGUGGUGAUCAAAAUGAAACCAGAUAUUUCUCUCUGAACAAGACAACUGGGCAGCUAUGUCUCGAUCAGAAGUUGGACAGAGAAACAAAGGACUUAAUAAACCUGCUUAUCAAGGUAUCCAAGGAUUGUUCCCUGAAUGGGUCACCGCAAGAUCCCUUCAAUCCAUCUUACAACAAAAGUGACAAUUCUCUUCUCCACGUCCUGGUGGUCGUUGAGGACAUCAAUGACAACCCACCAGUGUUCGCGGAUGACGGACAGCUUUCUACAGGCAUUCUGUAUGACGUCAACGUAGAGGAGUUGGUGUAUGAUCUUAAGACUGACGUCUCAGACAAAGAUAUAGGCUCCAACGCAAUAGCCUAUUUCCGGGUCCUCAGCCAAAACAUUCAUGGAAUUGACGACCUGAACACCCCAGAGCCGUUCGCAGUCGACAUCAACGGCACAGUAGUCACUAAAACGCUGUUUUCGUCGUC